AUGGCGGAGCUUGCGUCGUCCAUGGCCGUGGGCACGCACCUCUUCGUUCGUUCUGAAGCUUCGGUAUGGCAGGAGGCUGUUGUGGACCAUAUAGAGGAUGGCCGCGUGUUUGUACGUCUCAGUAACACUGAGAAUGGAGAGAUAGUCGAGGUAAAGGCCGGGGAGAAGUACCACCCACACACAGAAGAUCGCUUCAACACACCCAGCGGUUACCCCGAUGAUUUAUGUAAUCUCACAUACCUCCACGAAGCGUCUGUAUUGCACGCUCUGGACUGUCGUUUUUCUGUCGAUGCCAUUUAUACGCUUACGGGGAAGAUCCUUAUCGCGGUCAACCCCUUUAAGCAGAUCGGCGGUCUUUACGACGAUACGACCAUCUUGCGUUACCUAGAUGGCGCUGAUGAUGGAGCACCUCACGUGUUUGGUGUGGCGCGUGACGCCUACACCAGCAUGACUAAGAACAAUCAGUCACAGACAAUUUUGAUUAGUGGUGAGUCUGGUGCUGGUAAGACCGAGUCUACUAAAUUUGCGAUGAAAUACCUUGCUAUUGCGGGUGCUGAAAGCAUGGAUAAGAAGUCUCCUGCUGAAGUUAAGGUACUUGAGUCGAACCCUUUACUGGAGUCAUUUGGGAAUGCAUCUACAGUUCGUAACAUGAACAGUUCCCGUUUUGGGAAGUUCAUCGAGCUGCAGUACCGCAAAGAAAGUCCUAUAAAAUCACGUUUAGUGGGUGCAAGGAUUGAGACUUAUUUACUUGAGAAAGUUCGUAUUUGUCAGCAGCAGUCGGGGGAGCGUAACUAUCAUAUUUUCCACCAGAUAACCGCUGCAGCCAAUCGUAACGAGCGUUAUGUGUUCCAACAGGUAGGUGAUGGGUUGGCCUACGACUCUUCACCAUGGGAUUUCGAUUUGAAGGUGUUCCGUGGUAAUUUCCGUAUUUUACCCCCGGAUUCGGAACGCGACUUUGAUUUGGCUAACCUAAGUGAAACUCUGCUAGCUUUGCGUACGGUUGGAUUCACUUUCGAACAAGUAUCAGUGGUGUUCGACAUUGUUGCUGCGGUGCUCCACCUGAGCAACAUCGAAUUUAUGGAGAAAAAGGGUAGCGAUGGUGCUGCCAUCAGCAAUAUGGAGGCAGGCCACUGCCAAACCGUCACUACAUUGCUGGAUGUGGACAGCGUUUCUCUAAUGAACGCCUUAAUGACUCGUACGAUCAAAACAGCAAACGAGAUGUACACAAAACCGUUACGUGUUGAGGAGGCAUGUGACGUACGUGACGCUAUUGCCAAGAACAUUUACAGCAUGUUAUUCGACCACAUCGUCGAGCGUGUGAACGAGUCUAUUGGUUAUGUUCCCGAUGCUACGCUUACUACAGGUAUUUUGGAUAUUUUCGGGUUUGAGUGCUUCCAACACAACUCGUUUGAACAGUUAUGUAUCAACUUCACCAACGAGACACUGCAGAAUUUUUUCAACAAUUUCGUGUUCCGCUGCGAAGAGGAACUGUAUUCUGCUGAAGGCAUUUCAUGGAAUGCUCUCGAUUUCCCAGACAAUUCUGAUUGUGUUGAGAUGUUCAAAAGCAGACCAAACGGUCUGUUUGUGAUGAUUGAUGAGGAAUGCAAUUUGCCUGGUGGUCGUGACCAAGCGCUCUGCAACAAGAUAGUACAACGCCAUUCUAAUAACGCUCGUUUCGCAAAGGUCAAACUUGACCAGAGCAGUUUUAUAGUGAACCAUUUCGCUGGAGCUGUGCAGUACAAGAUUGACGGUUUCCUAGAAAAGAACAAAGAUCAGUUGUCUAACGAUGCAGUUUCUUUCAUCUUGUCAACAAAGCUUGACGAGAUGCGUGAGAUCUUCCAGUCUUAUAUUGAGAAAAGGGCUGCCGGUGGCCGUGCUGGUACCAUGGCUCGCCAGAAGACCAUCUGCACACAGUUCAGUGGCCAGCUUGAUUCUCUUAUGGCUAAGAUCGGGGCUACCAACCCUCACUUCAUCCGGUGUAUCAAGCCAAGCCCAGAAUGUCGUCCAAACCACUUUGACCGCACAACUGUGGAUUCACAGUUACGUUGCAGUGGUAUGCUACAGGUCGUGCAGGUAUCUCGUGCUGGUUACCCUGUACGUUUCCCUCAUGCUGACCUAUUCCAUAGCUUCCGAUACUUGCUUGAUGCAUCAGAAGUAAAGGCUGCCGAGGCUAUUGAGGAUAAACAGAAACAGGGCACUUUUGUGUUAGACAUAUUGGUGAACCGGUACAUGACAUCUAAACCACCUGUUGAAGGUUCUUUGGCAAUAGGAAAAACACUAAUCUUUAUGAAGAAUGAACCUUAUGAACAGGUAUGUCUUGCAAUGCAGACCCUUCGUAACCGAAGCUGCAUCGUCAUCCAAUCGUGGGUACGUCGUAAUAUUCAGCGUCGUCGUUAUCUGGAUAGUUUAUGGAAGAUUCGUACUUUCCAGGUAUGGGUUAAGUACAAGAUCAAGAAAUUGCAACGGCAAAGAGCAGUGCGUCUUCAAGCUAUUAUCCUCAUCCAGAGCAUGUACCGAAUGUAUCUUGAACGCAAGCAUAUGCGUAAGCUUAGGUCGAUUGUUGUACGUCUACAGGCAACUUGGCGUUCGGUGAGUUCAAGGAUCCAGACGGAAGAGCGUCGUAUCAAUACAAUGGCUACGAAGAUCCAGAGUGCAUGGAAGGGUUACAAAUGCCGUAUAUACUACGUGGCCUUACGCAAAGCUACUAUCAAGGCACAGUUACGUUGGCGUUCUAUCCUUGCACGCCGCACAUUGAGGUCACUACGUAUGGAAGCUAAAGAUUUGGGCAACGUGAUCAAGCGUGCGCAGGCUCUUGAAGAGGAAUUGAAGAAAGAGAAGUCUAUGCGUUCGGAUGCUGAGGCUAAGGUGUUGCAGCUUACUGCCAAGGUUACAAGUCUCGAACGUUCUAUUGAGGAUAUGCGUAAACAGAUUGAACGCAUUACCAAUGAACGUAACACAUUGUCUGAUCGUUUACAUGAAGCAGAAUCUAAUACCCAGAAGGCCCAGACCGAUUUGCGUAUGAUCAAGGAAUUUGUUAGCAAAGAGGCUCGUACAGGUGAACCUUCCGAUUGGUUGAGUGCUUUGUUACCUGGCCGGGGUACCGGUGUGGGCACCCCUGUGUCUCGACAUGGUUCGAUUAAGAUCGAUCGUCAAUCUACAGCUGGUCAAGAGUCUGCAGGACAUGCAGUAGGAGGCCCUGCAGAUCACAGGGUCGACAUUUUAUUAUGCGGUCCUCCAAGUUGUGGUAAGACCCGUCUCUUGGAGAUGGCCCUUAUCAAAAGCGGUGAUGAUAAGAACUUGGCUAUUCUACGUAACACUGAUUCAGCACGCAAGCAGCGUAGGAUGAUGGCGCCAGUUUCGUUUGAGUUCCGUAUUCGAUCUGAUCGCACUGUAUCUGUGGUUGAGAUUCCCGGAUCAUAUUUCGACUCUGAUGAAGCGCGGUCUAUGGUGAGACAAGCUCACCUGAUUGCUAUUUGUUACGACCCCGGAACUAAACAGACAUUCGACGAUGCACGUGUUAUAGCUAAUCUGCUGAAGCAAUCGGUGACUUCAAAGACCACCAGCAUCUGUUUGCUACAGAACGAUUACACUGUCUUGGAGAGUGCCCGUCCAGUAGUCUGCGAUGUGAAUGAGGCGCAAAGGUUCGCUGUGGAGAAUGAGUUACUAUUUAUGCGUGUUGAAGAUUUCAUGGAGUUCCUUGAGCAGGUGACACCCUACGUGGAAAACAAGAAACAACAACGUAUCCCUAGUGCUCGGGGUGAUGGAGCACCUUCUGCUUUAAAUUCAAACCGCAGCUCUAACCGCGGUGCUCUUACCUUAUUUUACGAGAAAUUCCGCAAUUUCUGGGCAGGUGUGAACUACUCGGGAUUCCAAAACAAGUUAUUGGUCCCAACUCUUGUUGCGCCUGAGGGUUUCAAGGUACCACCGUUAUCUCUGAAGCGUGUAGCUCAUAUUUCCAACUACACUUCAGCUGUGACGUGUGUAGCGUUUCGUACUGAGGAACCUAGUGACCCAUACGUGUUACUUGCGGUGGGUCGUCGUGACGGUACGAUUAACCUUUACCAUGUAUACCGUACGGACACUGAGAUGCGUGCUCUAAACUCACCUGACUUCGACGAAUCAGUUCCGCAGCCAGUGGAUGACAAAGUAUCUAUCGUCGAAUCUUUCACGUUAUCGCUUCACACUAAAGCGGUAACAUCAAUGAGUUUCUCCAAGGUAAACAUUAACGAGUUGGUGACUUCAUCUGUGGAUUGCACUAUUCGGGCUUGGAAUGUGUUGACUGGUCAAUUGAUCAAGGUGUUUAACGAUUCAUUCCCAGGUUUGGCUGUUUUGUUCCACCCAGUAGACCCAACGCUAUUCAUCAGUUGCAAUGCUAACCCUACGAUCAGGAUCAUUAACUACAAUAAGGGUUCUGUGUUACAAAAGAUCCGUGCAAAGAGUGAACUUCGUUGUCUGGUGUUCGAUGAUACAAGGCUCAACUGUAUCGCUGGUAACGAGAAGGGUGCUAUAUGUAUCUACGAAUCACAAGCUGAUUUGCAUUUGAAGCUGUCGACUACUAAGCAGAUUUCUCGUGGUCCGGUGACGUGUGUCAACUUUGUACCCUCGACAUCACCUGAUGUGCCGCCGUGUAUCAUAGCUAAUGUAUGCAGUGGUAACAUCACGAUUAUGAACUGUGUAUACGACGGUGCAAGUGGCAAGAUCUGUGACAUUACUUACCGUUACACCGUGACUAACGGUCAUGUGGCACUACCACUUCGAUCAUGUUAUUCUCGUUUCGGUGGUGGCUGGUGUAUUUCAGGUUCUGAGGACCGCAACCUACUGAUAUUUUCAUUACAGGAAGAAAACAUGCCAUAUUCAGUUUCGUUCCAUCAGGGUCCUGUGGUAGCAGUGGCUGUCAACUCACUUGACACGGUACUGGUUACAUCGGAUUCUAAGGGUUCGGUUGCGCUAUGGCGUCGUGUGAUCGUUUCUUCAAAAGGGUGA